GGUGCUUAUGAUCUCAUGGACCUACAGAUAUCUGAUAAUAAUCUCAUUGGUAAAAUCCCGGAUUCCUUUAGAAACUUCACUAGGCUCGAUAGGGUGUACUUUUUCUCAAAUUAUUUAAGUGGUGAGUUUCCUAAAGAAAUUAACUUGGGUAAGAUCAGGAGGCUUUCAAUUGAUAACAACAUGCUCUCUGGUCCUUUACCACGAGUUGGUGAGUUAACCGAGACAUUCACAGCGAGUGAUAAUUUAUUCUCUGGUCCUAUAUCACCCGAAAUUGGUAAUGCAAGUGGUUUAAUUGAGUUAUCUCUCCCAAGAAAUCGACUCACGGGUCCAAUCCCUAAUUCUAUUGGUAAUUUAACGUCCCUUCGAUACCUCAACCUUGAUGACAACAUGUUUCAUGGAACUCUCCCAAAAGUACCUAUUAACAUAGUUGCUUAUUCUAUCAAGAACAAUACAAUGGAAGGACAAAUUCACUCAUCAAUUUGCAGUUCAACUUUUUUGGUAUUUUUUCAUGUGUCGAAUAAUAUGAUCAGUGGUGUAGUCCCGGAUUGUUUCAAGAAUGGUAGUAGAUUGACUAGCCUAAAUCUCUAUGAAAAUCAAUUACAAGGUCUAGUGCCACGAAGCCUAAAGAAUUGCAGUCGUCUACAAGUUCUAGAUCUUGGAAAAAACAUGAUAAGCAACGUUUUUCCCCAAUGGCUUGACACUCUUCCACAACUAGAAGUUCUUGUUUUGAAAUCCGGUAGACUUCAUGGACCAGUUAACAUUUCAAGAAGUCUGCUCCCGUUUCCUAGAUUACGAAUCCUUGAUAUCUCUGGAAACUUGUUUACUGGUCAUCUGCCAUCCAACUAUUUCGAGAACUUUAAGGCCAUGAUGGAUAUUAAUCAACAAGAAAGAGUUCCAAGAUACAUGGGUAACGAAAUAUAUAAAGAGAGUGUUGAGCUUGUUGUUAAAGGACAGGAAAUGAAAAUCGACAGAAUUUUAACUGUGUUGACAGCUAUUGACCUUUCGAACAACAAAUUUGAAGGAGAGAUUCCAGAUAAUAUUCGAAUGCUUAACUCUCUUCGUUACCUCAACCUAUCUCACAACCAACUAUCCGGACAUAUUCCUAAAACGAUUAGAAAUUUGACACUACUUGAAUCGCUAGAUCUAUCGUCAAACCAAGUCACGGGAAAAAUUCCUCCUGAGCUUACUAGGCUAACAUUUAUGGCCGUGUUCAAUGUUUCAAAUAAUCAACUUUCUGGUACUAUACCACAAGGGGGGCAAUUUAAUACAUAUGAAACAAAUUCGUAUCAAGGAAACCCUGCAUUGUGUGGAUACCCAUUGCCAAAAGGAUGCCGAGAAAAUGAAGUAGCAACAAGACCACCGUUGUCACCGCUACAAGAAGAUGAUGACUCGACGUUUUUCAGUGGAUUUACAUGGCAAUCUGUUGUAUUGGGGUACGCAUGGGGUAUUGUACUUGGAAUAGGUUUUGGAUGUGUUAUGUUGAUUAAGGGAAAACCAAAUUGGGUUUUGAGGUUAGUUAAUGAACGAAAGUUGAGGGAUGACUAAAGAGAUCGAAGAAAAGUAGUGUUGGAUUAUCAUUUAAUAGUUUAAUUAGCUAGCUUGUUCCAUGAUACAAAAUAAAGUUACGUACAUAUUACAAUACAUAUUAUUAGGUACUUUCGUAUAAUCAUGACAGUUGGAACUUGGAUGUGGCCAGAAAAAUGCAGCGGCUCUUGAUGGUUGCGAUCAGGUGGCGGUGGUGGACGGCGGCUCGUGGGUGAUGAUCUUUAUGGAUGAUGGUAGAUGGUGUUUAUGGAUGAUAAGGAUGAAUGGAAUCUAGUGUAUAUGAUGAUUGAGUGGUUUCCCAAAAAGUGUGUGAGAGAUUUAUCAGCUACAAGAGAGACAAC